GGAUUUGUAUCUUUUAUGAGAAGCUUCGGUCAGAAACCUAUUUUCUCUCCAGAGCAUCCGAUGUUAGAGUUCUCGAUUAGCUUUGAAAGUGGAAGAGACUAUUGUCUGGCAGAAAGCAGGUCCAAAAGUCUUCACAGAAAGCGAAAAAGAAUUUUUUUACUAGAAAAUCAUCAAAUUUUGGAGAGGAAAGCACCUCCAUCCCUUCCCUUAAUCGGAAAGCCUGUCCGAUAUUGAUACGAUUUUCAUGGAAUGUGUGUAUAUUAUCCUCGAAAGUUGAUACUAAAGGCUUGAAUAUCGCGUUUUUCCAGAGAUAUCUUAAAAAUACGGGUGAAAAGUAGGUGUUCGUACGACAAAGAUUCUUUUGCCAUUUGAGGUGGUAAAAAGCUCAGGGUUGCCUCUAAAUGUAGCGAAGAUUUGAUGCUCUUACAGAGUUGGAUUUUUCAGAUUUUUUUUUGUUCAGUUUUCUCAAAGCCCUUAUUCAAACAGUGGGAAAAACGUCCAGUAAACGUGAUUUUUCUCAAGAACAAAGUUGAAAAGCAAGAAUCUAACUCUCAUAGGUUGUAGCACCAAGUCUUGGCUAUGUUUUGAGACCACUCUGAACUUUUUAGCACUUCAAACGGCGAAGAAACCUUUGCCGCUUGAACAGUUAAAACUCAAAAAAAAACGAUUUCGAGAAAAACGUCGUACAUUUGCCAGUACAUUUUGGGACUUGCAGGAAAAUGCCUGUAACUUUUUACCAGAGGAUCACACAGCGUUAUGCUACAUCUCAUUGUGUUCGACAAAUCCACGCUUCUAGAAAAUAGUCUAACUGCAUAAAUAUUGUGCAAAAAAACACGAAUUCAAUUAUUUUUAAAUAGGUUUUUCUAUGUUUCCGAAAAAUUUGCUCUAGAACUAUGAAAAUUUAUAUUUGAGAUUGAAAAUCAUGUAUAAAUCUCAAAAUAUCGAUUUUGAGAUGACAAUGAACUUUUUUUGACAGGAAAGGAUAUGCUUAAAGAAUAAUUGAAAUGUCACUUUUUGCUACUUUUGGUGUUAUAUUUAUUUUAGAAUUACAAGCACGCAAAGAAAAUUUUAAUAACACUAUGCCAGAUAUGGAAAUUGAUAUUCAUUCAAAUCCAUUUGGUGAUCAAGAUACUGAAAAUAAUUUCGAUAAAAUAUCGUUAACUUCUGAAGAUCAAUUACAAUUAACAACUCACAAUGUACAAUUUCUAGAAAAACGUGAUAAAGAAAUAAAAGAAGUAUUAAAAUCCAUUGAAGAUAUUAAUGAAAUUUUUCGAGAUGUGGCAUCUAUUGUAUCUAGUCAGGGUACAAUACUCGAUCAAAUUGAUUAUAAUAUUGAAAAUACUGUUAUUCAUGUUGAACAAGGUAAACAACAUUUACAAAAAGCUGUUGAACAUAAAAAACGUGGAUUAAAAUUUAAAUUAAUUUUAAUCGGUAUUGGAAUAUCAGUAUUAUUAAUUAUUAUUUUUAUAACAAUGGAUACAAAAUAUGUUAUUUUUCUUGUUAUUUUUUUAUUAUUUACUCCUUGCUAUUGCGAUAUUACAAAUCUUAAUGAACUAACAGCCAUGUUUUCUUCAAAUAAAUCAUAUAAAGUUGGUUUUCUUCAACACGCAAACUAUGAUGUCGUUAAACAGUAUGUGCCAAACAAUUUGGUGGCCGUCUUUCUCGACCAUCAAGAGGAAUUAAUUCAAUUACUGGAUAAUGAAACAAUUAUAGCUGUUUUAACGACAGGACGGUUAGCUGAAGAUUUGGAACCAAAAUAUCAUGUAUUUACUUCGGCAGUUGUUUCUCCGCAAGCAAUGUUAUUAGCACCCGAUUAUGACUCUAUAUCGUAUCCAUACGGUUUAAAAGGUGAAGAUAAUUCCAGUCGUGACUUAUUCGAUGCAUUAAAUGCAGCUAUUGCUCAAAUGCAAUUUGGUAGUGAUGAUGAAACGCUAUUAACAACAUAUAAUCGCUCAGAUCUAUUACGUAUUUAUACCUGUCGUGUUCGUGACACGUUGAUAGAAGAAUAUCCGGUAGUCGAUCGUAAAAAUGCUACAGGCUUAUUGAAAGAUGUAUUAACAACAAAUAAGUUAAUAAUUGGCGCAGUAGGACCAUAUGAUUGGGGUAAACAUGAUGGAAAUUAUUUAAAUAAAACACAUUCAAUUGGUUUUUAUCCAGAAUUAUUAGAUAUGAUAUUAAAACACUUUCAACAGUUGAAGGGUCCAGAUGGUGAGUCAUAUGGAGAGAACAGUACAAUUAAAAUUGAACGUGUUUUCUAUGAUAAUGCCACAGAUUUAUUUCGUGCAUUGCUUGAUCAUAAAAUACACGCCACAGAUGUUUAUACAUUAAUAGAUGGCUUUUACAAUGGAACUGGUGAAAAAUGCCAAAACGAUAGUCAAUGUCGUGCUGCUGUAAAAAUUGGUACAGAAAGAUGUGAUAACACUACAUCAAUUUGUACACAUCCUAAACGUCCAAGAACAUUGCAUUUUCGAACAACAUGUACAACAGCCAGCGCCGAUGCAAGAUAUUUUACGAAGAAAAAUAGUCAAUUUGGAAAUGAUAAUAAACAACAAAAGCAAACCACAACAACAUCGACCAUAUCGGUCAAUAAAAAAACUUCACAGAGUCACUCGUUAGCACUCAUAUUAUUAUUUACCGUCUUAUUUGGUGCUAUUCUCAUUACAUUGUUAUUUAUUAAAGGAAAACGAAAAACCAUACAACAGCGAACAAAUGCGGGAGGAGUAGGAAAAUUUCAUGUAUUGAAAGAUGAACAACCAGUUAUGGACUCAUUUGAUGAUCAUGUUGUACAAUCAACAACACCAAUUUAA